UGAGAACCAAGGGACCAUCCUUUACGCAAUCCCGGAGAAGGUAUCAGCUGAGACACUCCGAACUCUGCAUUUUGCGAAAAUGGCUGGGAUUAUUGCUCGCACUGUGGUUGCAACCGCUCGCCGGGGUGUUCAGGUCACUUCAGUCAGACAUGCCAAUAAAAUGAUGGCUGACCCAUUGGAACAUGCAACCGGUUUAGAAAAAGAGGAACUCAUGGCCAAAGCUGCGGGUAAUGAGAAUCCUUUUGAUAUGAAAGUAUACAAGCGAGUGAGUGGUGGCGCAAGCAAUCCAACUCUCAUCCCUUCCUUCUAUGAUCGCCGGUUGGUUGGGUGCAUCUGUGAGGAAGACGCUACAUGCAUCAACUGGAUGUGGUUAGAAAAGGGAGAAACAAAGCGAUGCGAGUGUGGCUACUGGUUCCAGCUCACUGAAGGAAAACCCAUGGUCUAAAAGAAAUACUGGAAAUAUAGAUUAAUAUAUUUCUUUUCAUUUUGUAUGGAUAAUGUCAAGGGUUGUUGAAAUUGCUGUCAUUUCAUUCCUAAUUUUCUUGUACAUACAAUAGUGUGCUAACGUCGGUUCCGGGUGUUCUUAUGAAUACCUAUACAACUUAAGUUAAUGUCAACAAAAGGCUAUACAUCCAUAGUGGUGUAUGCUUUGGAUUUGUAUAGUGAUAAUAAAUAAAUUUUAAUUUA